AUGGAACCUCCAGAAAUUAUACAGUUCCCGACAGAUCCCCCCGAAGUAGGAACUGGAAACAACGUCUGCAACAUUUGCUGGAAUGGAAAGUUCCCGGGAGACACGGCCAUGGUCAUUGCCAUGUUGGAUAUUGGCGUUGGCGCAGCCCCUUGCGACUAUUUUUAUAAGAUCGGACAGGAUGGGCUCAUACCAAAACAUCUUUGUGAUCCACUACAGCACUUUGCCUAUGUCCCCUGUGGCUGUGGGUAUGGCAUUGACGUUGGGGCAGGUCCUGAUCUGACGAGCACUCCCUCAACGCCGACCAUGGUGCCCAGCGAUAUGCCCAGCCAGGUCCCUAGUGACAUGCCAAGCAUGGUCCCAACAUCAAAUCAAUGGGCGCGGAAAUUGGAAUCUGGAAGGAGACAGCAUGGCCGUCUCAAGGGGUCUACAUCGCCGUAG